CCAGGAUUCACAAGUCCUCACGUAGAGUUGACGUGUAGUUUGUUGGUGUUCUGAAAACUUCCCUUCUGCUUCACUCAGUUGUGAAACCGGACAUCAUUUAGCCCAGUAUCAGAUACAUUUUAGGAGUUGAUUGGUUUCGGAACCUGGUCUGAUAAUGUCCGGAGAAAUAUCCAUGAUUGGUUCGGUGAUUCUGGCCUUGUUCCUGGCUGGGUAUCUGGGCCAGCAGUAUUUACCACCCCCAAAACCGAAAGUGAUCGGCCUGGACCUCGGGACCACUUUCUGUUCUGUCGGGGUCUUCCUGCCGGGCAGCGGGGAGGUAGAGAUCAUCAGAGACCAGGAGGGACGGAAGAGCAUCCCGAGCGCCGUCUCUUUCACCACCACAGAGGUGCUGGUGGGACACGAAGCCGUGGACCUGGCGAACUGCAACCCACAGAACACCAUCUAUGACGCCAAGAGGUUCAUAGGAAAAGCAUUUGAGUCUGAGGUCCUGAAGGAGGAGAGUGCUCGCUAUCCAUUUAAGGUGAUGAACAACAAUGGAAGUGCAGAGUUUGAGAUCUUCACCAACCACACCUUCACUGUAACACCAGAGUUCAUUGGCUCCAGGCUGCUCCUGAAGAUGAAAAAGAUGGCAGAGAGGCAGCUCAAUGUGCCCAUCCAAAAAGCUGUUAUCUCUGUGCCUGCAGAGUUUGACGAGAGACAAAGGAACUACACGGUCAGGGCUGCCAACCUCGCUGGUCUGGAGAUCCUGCGUGUGAUCAAUGAGCCCACAGCAGCAGCGAUGGCCUACGGCCUGCACAAGGUGGACGUGUUCAACGUGCUGGUGGUCGACCUCGGGGGAGGGACCCUGGAUGUUUCUCUGCUCAACAAACAGGGAGGCAUGUUUCUCACCAGAGCCAUGGCAGGCAACAACAAGCUGGGAGGUCAAGACUUCAGCCAGAGGUUGCUCCAAUACACCACAGAGCAAGUCCAGCAGGACUUUGGUGUCCCACUGACCCUGAAAGAGGACCUUCACCGUCUGAGACAGGCUGUGGAAGCAGCCAAGCUGAACCUCACCCUCCAGCACAGCACCACCAUCAGGCUGCCCCUGCACUUCCACAGCUCUGAGUCGUCUGAGGGAUCUGCUCCUGCUCCGGUUCUCUUCCAGUCUGUGAUCACUCGCAAGCUGUUCGAAGACCUCAAUGAGGAUCUUUUCCAGAAAAUCCUGGCUCCUAUUAAGACCGUGUUGACUGAGGGCCACCUGGAGAAGCAGGAAGUAGAUGAGAUUGUUCUGGUUGGAGGGUCCACCAGGAUACCCCGAAUCAGACGGCUGAUCAGCGAGUUCUUUGGGAAGGAGCCUAACACAUCAGUAGACCCUGACCUGGCUGUGGUUACAGGGGUGGCCAUUCAGGCUGGCAUCAUGGGGGGCUCCUGGCCUCUACAAGUCAGUGCUAUAGAAAUCCCCAACAGACACCUGCGCAAGACGAACUUCAGCUAAUCUGUACUCAGUUAUUUAUUCCAAAAAAAGGGAGGCCACAGAGACUGACUGUUUCAUACUCAUCAUUUAAAACCCAAGGUACUUCUGUUGUUGAAGCAUUGUUGUGUGUGUGUGUGUCGGGAGAUUGAAGCAAAACAACAUGUGACUGUUUUGCAUGUAUGUGUGUUAACUGAAACCAUCUGUAGAAGAGAACAAACCAGUUUUAGAAGUAAAAGCUGAUCAUGCUGCACACGAGGCUUCAGCAGGAAAGAACACGAGACACUGGUGGAAAGGGAAGUAGACCCCUCUCUCAUGUACCUACUGACACAUGGUAAAUGGACUUCAGCUUGUGGACAUCGGACAUGUGGCUGCAGGAGCUGGGAAUCGAACCCCCUGACCUUCCGGUUUAAGAGACCACCGACUCUACCAAACUGAGCCACAGCUGCUGAGGCUUUAUUUCUGAAGCUUGUUCAUGGUAGAUCCUUUAAUGAUGUUCAAAUCAGGGAACAGACAUUCCUUCAAAGUACUCAACGACUUGCCAUUGCAGCCUCAUCUAUUUAUUUAUUUAUUUGUUCCCAUUUAAUCUGUGUGUGUGUGUGACAGAGAAAGUGAGAGUGUUUUAGUGCAGGUCUUUUGCAGGCUUUUUAUGAAUUUUGACACAUCCUCAUCAGGGGUUAACAUAACUCAUUUAAAAAAAAGAUUCAAUGUAAUACCGACUACUCGCCUCAUGAGGUUUGAAGGGUGAGGUGCAUUUUGUGAAAGCCUUACUGUUCAUGCUGUACUGUAAUAAUUCAGUCUAUAAAAAAAAAUACAGAUUGUAUUAUUUAUGAAUGAAUGAUGAAUCAUGCUCAGUGUUGCACUUUGAGAAUUUCCAUGUUGGCCAACUUGACUUUUUCUGACAAUACUGCAUAUUGUAUUUAAAUGUUGCUGACUGAAACCUUUUUUACGUCACAUCAAAGUGAAGUAUAACAACCUGCUUGUGCUGCUAUAGGUAGAGAAGGUCAACUCUGGAAGUGUCACAGUAGGACCAAAGCAUUGCUUACUGGUUGUUCUGGUGCCUUGUGUGUUAGCGUCAGAUUUGUAGAAUGUUUGAUGGACACUUUGUUAGUGGUCGGGUGCCUAACAUGUAAUAGAACUGUAAAAUAAGUGUGUAUUCCUGCCUGUUUGCUGGUUUACAGAACGUCAUAUUGGGCACCCAGAAUGAAAGUAGAUUUACUUGGAAAACAUAAAAUACUCAACUUUAUAGUUCUAUAAAGUAGUCGAUACAGUAACAACAACUGAAGCUGCCUGCAUUCCUUUUGAGAAGUAUCUCAACUUUUUGAGUGCCAAAUGAAAAUGUUUAUUACAUGUCCUUUUACACUCAGACUUCUGAAUUUGUCAACAUCUUGUUAAGAUUCAAAUUCAGUCUGCCGUCGAGAUCAUUAUUGAGUUUUUCUAUUUGAACACACUGAAACUCAAGAGACCUCAAAAAAAAAACUGUUUCGAUUUUUUCAGUCAAUUAAAAUGUCAUUCCUCA